AGGACAGCAAAAUACCUUUGGCUUGGGUAAACAUGACGCUGUUUGAUUUCCGCAACUACCUACGGCAAGGCCAAAUAAUACUCCAUGCCUGGCCAGUGAAAGAUAACCUUCAAGACCUCAAUCCGAUUGGUACAGUUGUGUCAAAUAUCAAUACCAGCACCUCGGCAUGUUUGAUAAUUGAGUUCUCACAGUAUGCCAAGCCUGGCACCAGUGUUGUUUAUCCACCAUUUGAUAAGGUGAGUUGAAGAGUAUAUAAAUUUAACAACCCAGCACAUGGGGGGCUAAAUUUUUAAGGUCAGAAAUUGCUAUACAACUGAAGAAGAAAUUUCUAUACAACUGAAGAAGAAAGAUAAUUCUAUAUCAGACAAGACAACUAUUUUGUUGGAUAUUUACACCGGUUAAGUGGACAAAGAAAAUUAAAACAAAAGUGCUUUAUGUUUUGUAGGUUUUAGAAAAAGCAUCCACUUUGGCAGGAAAUGAGCAGAAAGACAUUUUUGUAAGUAUCAUGCCUUUGCACUCAGUUUACUACAUUAUCCAUAAAACUGACAUCAAAACACACAUAUUUAACUAUUGUGAUCAUUUUGUCAUACUCCCUGUAGAGAGGUGGUGAGAAAACAAACAUUGAUUUGCAAUUGCUAACUCAACGUGAACCCCUAGCUGAGUAUACUGAACAUGAGAAGAAGAAGAUAUGGUUUUUCAGGUACCGUGUCAGAGUUGCCAAGGUGGAAUACACUCCCCUGUUUGAUCAGAGAAACCAACAAAACCGUAGUCUCCCUCAAAUUUUGUUUAAUGCAACAUUAUAAGGAUCUCACCAAGGAAAUUUAUAAUCCUGAGGAUCCGAGAACAUUUAAGUCUGUUUGUGUGAAGUGUCACACAAUUCGCCCAUUGACUAACCUGUCGAAUCGAGCAUGUUGUUAAAUUUACUGUCACAUAAAUUGUAAUUUGUUGUGCUUGUUUUUGAUCUUCACAUCUGUCUGUCUGUUUGUUUGUUUGUCUGUCUGUCUGCAAGCAUGUUAUUGUUCAUACUGUGUAUUUCGAAUGUCUUGGAACCCCGUUAUUGGAGAACUAAUCUCUGUGUGGUAAUUCCAGCCAUGUAAUCUAUUGUCUAACUAAUUUUGUGUAAUAGUUUGUGUUAAAUGGCAAAAUCUGUAAAAUAAAUAAAAUAACAGGCAACUUUAUUCACAACAUUGACGAGCUCUUGUGUUGUAAUACUUUGACCCAUAUUUGAGAUGUGUCCUAGGGCAAAUCUCAAACAGUUCUGUAAAGUUUUGUUGAACUUUAAUUUCAGGUUUGAAUGCCGUGAUAAUUUUCCAAAUUCACUGCCAAAAGUCUUGCUAAGUAUCCAGUGGAAUAAUCAUGAAGAUGUUGCAAGAGUAUGAUUAUUUUACAAUACUAUUAUCGUUCCCUUUUAAGUUUUUCCUUUCCUUCCUUUCCAUAUGAUUUCCUUCUCUUUCUCUUUUUAUUUCCAUUAGCCCUAUUCACAUUAGAGACGGACAAGUCGUCUAGACGAACAAAUCGUCUCUCAAAAAUCGUCUUCACAGACAGACAAGUAGUCGAACAAAUUCAGACGACUUGUUCGUCUAAAAUUUUGUCCGACACGUUUUCACAUCUGAUAAUUUGUCCGACUAAAAGACAAUUUUGAGACGAUUUGUUCGUCUAGAUGACUUGUCCGUCUUCUAAUGUGAAAAAGGCUAUUGUCAUGGACCUCACUGCAUUAAUCAACCAAAAGAAAAUGACACACCUCCAAAGCAUACCAUACCUGUAACACUUCAUGAGAAAUUUCUACAGAGAUCUAGAGGCUCCCUGCUACUGUAUUUAUAUUUCACUUAACCCAGUAUUUACUACUGUAUAUUUCUUUCCCCUAUCUUUUUAUUUUAUCCUCAAUUUCAUUCACCCAUUUAUCAAAUUAUUUAUCCAUUUUCGCAUCAUUCAUUCCUCUUGCAUUAUUUCCUCCAGACAUCACUUAUUUUACUUCCAAUUCAUUCUGUACCAAGUCUUGUUUAGCUUUCUUUCUUUCUGUGGAUGUAAUGACAUAUAUGAAUAUUCACUCCAACUUACCGGCAAUACACUCACUAUAUUCACUCAACACAACUUUAUAACAUUUCAGAUGCAUGCAUUACUUCAGUGCUGGCCGCGUAUUGCUCCAGAACAAGCAUUGGAGUUGCUUGAUUACAAAUAUCCCGAGAAGGAAGUUAGAGAUUAUGCUGUACAAUGCCUGGAAAAUUUCUCGUGAGUUUUUGUCUUAUAUCUCGAAUAUUUGUAGAGAAAUUACCACUGUACUUUCAUUUUCAUAGAAUUAAGAAUAACUAUAUUUAACCAUUAAUUUGUAUUCUUACAGUACAUAGUGGUACUAGAAUAGUGUUCCUAAAAAGUACGGGAACCACUGAGUAUUUUUACACAAAUACUUUUGUUUUUAUUGUAUGUUUUGCUUGGUUUUCAUGUAAAUGCGGUUGUCAAUUAUUAAUUAAAACUAUUUUUGUUUUUUUAGCGAUGGCCAACUUCAUAUGUACUUACUUCAGUUAGUUCAAGUAUGUAGUUUUAAAUACAACUGUACGUUCCCAAAGCUCCAACCAAUAUGACUGAAAUACCUCUAUUUCAAGCAACUCUUGAAUUAGCGAAAUAUGUCAUGAUUAUGGUAUCAUUAUGGGACAUAGUGUCGUAUUGUACAUAUUAAUACCGGAUUUGCCAAGAAAAUAGUAUUAUUUCAUUGCAAUAAGUAUUCAUUCCAUCAUGUUUCUAUUCUUUUAAAAGGUAUUAAAGUAUGAGGCAUACUUGGAUUGCCAUUUGGCCAAAUUUCUUCUAAGACGAGCUUUGUGGAAUAGGAAAAUUGGCCACUCCCUGUUCUGGUUGCUGAGGUAAGCUUUUCAAGGCUGAAGCUUUUAAGCUUCAUGUAAAUACGGCGCCAUUGUGUCAACACAGACGUAAAUGUUGUAAAUGGCUUGUCGAACGUACGUCUUGAUGAGAACAUUCGUAUUCUUCAACAAUUUAAAAUAAAUUAAUGAUAUUUGGUGAGAAAAUUGAACUUAAAGUCUUUGUAAAUCAGCAUGAUUUUGUAUCAGAUCUACAAACUCCUUCACGCUCAUGAUUUCUUUUGUGUUUUCCUCAUGAAUUAUUAGUAUAAGUGUAGAGUGAUGUAAUACAGUAUAUCCAGUUAAACCAAGAAGACAUAAGAGAAAGAUUUCCCCUGACCAGAACGAAUGAAUGAAUGAAUGAAUGUUAAGUGAAUUUGAAAGAUGGAAAUGCACACUACAAACAUACGAGGAGUGCUGAAAUGGCUAGCAAUUUAAAUUGCCCUGAAGGAAUGAAGCUGUCAAUAAUUAUAGAGGAAAAAGCUAUAGUCUUAGAAACCAUUAUAUGUGACUGUAUUAUUAGCCAAUUACAGUAGGUUAUGUGGUAUUUUUUGUUGAAGGGCUGAAAUGCAUGUUCCAGAAGUUUCAGUUCGAUUUGGUUUACUACUCGAAGCAUAUUGCCGAGGUUGUGUUGCACAUAUGGCUUCAUUAUCUAAACAGGUAUGCUAUUGAUCACCAUCUAGCCUUCUACAAUUAGGUUUUUAACCAUCCAAACCAGCCAGAAAAAGCAAUGUCAGCAAAGUUGUUGUACAUCUUUCAUUCAAAAGAAGUUUCCUUUGGGUUUUAUUAGGUUGAAGCAAUGAAUAAACUGAAGGCCAUUACAGAAUUAUUACAAUGCCACGCUCUAAAAAGGACUGAUGUAAUGUACUUACUAUUUAUUUCAAACUUAACUAGGGAAAUAGGUAUACUGUAAUUAAAUAAUAUCUCUUCAUUGUCGAAAUAGAGGGACAAGUGUAUCGAGACUAUGAAGGAAUGUCUGCAACAAGUCACUUUUCGAGAGGCUUUCUCUGACUUUCAUUCUGUUGUGGAUCCAACCUGCAAGUUAAAAAGCCUCAGGUAAUAAAUAUCUACUAGAAAUAGUUUACACUAAAACUGCCCCCCGGCUGAUUAUAGCUGUUAUUAAAAAUGAUCAUGCCUUAUGGUAAUUUACAAAUAUUAAUACGACAAAAUGUUAUUACUACUUUCUGGCUUUUUUUUAAAACGCUUAGAAGAUUGAUAAAAUUGGAGAACUUUAAAAGUGAAACAGUAACCACGUGUAACUUGAUCCUUGUGCGUCUAUCCGGCUGAAGGAAUCAGGGUUCGUAGUCUCCAAGACCAAAAAAUUUCAAACACUUUCAUCAAAGAUUUUUUCUGCCUGUUGUCAAAGACUUUUCAAAGACCUUUGAGAGCAAUCAGCUGUCGAAAAAUUGCGAUGUAUAAGCACCAUUUUUACCAGGUAAUUAGUCCCGUAAAAUCACAUCCUAAAAUGCACUUUUUCGUCGAUAUUUGCGAAAAUCUUGCUUCAAUCAAUCUCUUUUAUUAGCUAGGAAAUCGUAUAAUCAAGUAAUCACUAAAGAAUUUAAAGACUUUUAAAGACUUUCUUCGCUUUUUCACACACUUCAAAGACUUUUCAAAGACCUUAAAGACCUGCAUUCAAAUUUAAAGACUUUUAAGGAUUUCAAAGACCGCUAUGAACCCUGGGAAUGGCGCUUUUCAAUAUAAUGGAACAAUGACUAUGAGUUCCUUGUUACAAACGUUUUAUAAUGUGACCGUUGUUAAGCUUUGCUCGAUUUUUUAUAUUUGUAUUUGUUUUUGACUGAUGUGUGAACCAAGUCUUUUGGUUCCUGUUUUGAUUAAUGUGUCUGAACUCUGAAAAAUCGUAUAGUUGAUACUUGAUAGAAUCUUGAUAGACGGAGUUUUUAAUCUUGUGUUACUGUUUAACCUUUAAAGCUUUUCGUUAUUUGACGGAUUGACUCCUUCACCAACAACAAAUGAUAGUAACAACGUACCUCACAAGUCUAUUAUAAAUUAAUAGACACGUAAAACAGACCACAGAAAUACAAUGCCGUUUGACAAGGUGUUGACCCAAGUGAAUAAUAAUUCUUACAGAAACCAACGCAACCUUUGAACCCUCACCUUUUAAACUUGCGCAGCUACGGCACUACGCCAAUAAUUCACUUGCCUUUUGUAAUAAAAUUUGAACCCUCACCUUUUAAACUUGUGGCCUUUUACUGUAAAAUAUAAACUAAUUGCUUCUAAUCUUGAUAGCUUUAACAAUUUAUGCUUGACCUUAAACAAUUUAAUCAUAUUACGUGCGGGAACUUCAAUACCCCCAAUAUUACCCAGUGUGCCCGCAAAGCAUUGGUGGGUAUUACCUAUAUUAUAUUACGUGCGUGGCCCUCUGGGGUCAAAACCCUGCGGGGCAAUAAGCACAACUAACAAGUCAACUAACAUAGGUAUACUAAGCAAAGAAAUGUAGAUACUAAAAAUAUUUUUAAAACAGUUACAUAUUAUAUGUCAUGUUUUUUAGCUACCUGUGGAUGCGAGAAUUUUUUGUUAUUUAUAUUCAGGGUAGACGGAUGUAAUGUGAUGGAUUCUAAGAUGAGACCACUUUGGAUGGUCUACGAAAAUGACGACGAGAUGGGUGCUCCUACAACCCUGAUUUUCAAGAAUGGUGACGGUGAGUUUCUGGGCCUUUUUAUCUUUUCUUAGAAGAGUGACAGUAUGCUAGUGCUUUCUACAAGCGAAUGAUGCUUUGCUAAUACCCUAAUAAUUAAAUACGAAAUUUUAUUUCAGAUCUUCGUCAAGACAUGCUUACUGUACAAAUAUUUAAGAUCAUGGAUACUUUAUGGCAGAGAGAGGGUCUUAAUCUGCAGUAAGUAUAGUAAUAGCAAUUCAGCAAAUAGAGGAAUUUUCUCAAUUUUCAUAAAUAUGGUGGAGGUUUCAGAAAGAAAACUAUUUAUAUUUUUUCCUUUAGAAUGACUCCAUAUUCUGUUUUACCUACGGGUGACAAAAUUGGUGUCAUUGAAGUGGUUACAAGGGCAUCCACCUUAGCCAAUAUUCAGAAAUCAGAAGGUGGAGUUGUCCGAGGUGCAUUCAAGAAGGAAGUUCUACUGGGUUGGCUGAAGAGCAAAAAUCGCACUGAUGAGAUGUAACUUUUGUAAUUCAUGUUAUUUUGUAAUUCUUCUCGAGACUUGUAUAAUAUUUGCAACAUGUAAAAAUUUCAAACAUUUCUACCGAAGUUACACUAAGCUGUUCAAUUUUCGGGUAUAAGUAAAAACAGCGAGUGUGAAAGUUCGUUUUCACAUUUUUAGGUUGAAACGGGCUAUAGAGGCUUUCACCAUGUCUUGUGCUGGGUACUGUGUAGCAACGUACGUGUUGGGUGUUGGUGAUCGCCAUAGUGAUAACAUUAUGGUGAAAGAAACUGGACAGGUACAAGAAUAUUGUGUAAAACCCACCAUAAAAUUGAAAAUUCGUAGACUUCGAAAAUGAAGCUCAUAUUACCUAUGCAUAACUUCAUGCCUGUACUUUCUGUCGUUAAAAAAAAUUAUUUCUUUGUAAGAAACACAUUUAAAGCAACUAUAAAGUGAUUUCUGAUCGUCGUUUUUUUCGAAUAGUAACAUGUAUUACCAAUAUUUUUACUUUUCUAGCUUGUCCAUAUCGACUUUGGACAUUUUCUCGGAAACUUUAAGGUGAAGUUUGGUGUGAAUCGAGAACGAGUGCCAUUUAUCCUCUCACGAGAUUUUGUAUAUGUCAUAACCAAUGGACAAAAGUCUGACAAAUGUUCUGAAUUUUUAAGGUUGGUUCGGAUAGAGAUAAAGAUAAUAAUGGGAUAGGUAGAUAACAAGAAAAAGAACGCAAUAACUUUGUCUGAACAAAUUUGUGUUAAUUUUUAGAUUCAGGGAGAUCUGUGAAAGAGCUUACUUAAUCUUACGAAAACAUAAUUAUUUGUUUAUCAACCUCUUCACUAUGAUGCUUUCAACAGGUUUGACUUUAUUACUUUAAAAAUUAUACCAUACUUAACCAAGCAAAGAUUUGAUUAUCUAAUAAUUAUUACUUUCAAUAUUUAAUAAUACUUAGGUCUUCCAGAACUUCGUUCAGUCAAAGAUAUCGAAUAUCUUAAGAAAACUCUUGGUUUGAACAGUGGACAAAUGAAUGCAGAAGAAGCGGAAAAAGCUGCUUUGCUGAAAUUUCGGAAGUGUUUUGAUGAAGCAUACAAGAACAGCACUAGCACAAGUUUAAAUUGGGCCAUUCACAAUUGGGCUAGAGAUAAUAGAUAGAAAACAAUUAUUUAAAUAGGUUGCAUUUAUAUAAAUUUCACUAGUUAACGUUGGUUGUGUGUGGUGCAAUGGCGGUAUCAGUUCAUCACAUACCACCAAUCAUAAUUGUAAUAUUUUGUCUGAGAAAAGUUGAACAUGGGCACCACAAUUUUUAAUUUUGUUAAUCUUAUUUUGGCAAAUAGAAAAUAUACAGGUGGAUCACUAGUGUAGUUUAGUGUAGUUGUAGUAUUUUAACAAGCAGCCAGAAAUAUCAACAUGAAAUUUUUAAAGUUUUGCAUGUAUUAAUAUAAAGGGUAUUGCCCUUGUAGGAACAAUAGGUAAAAUUUUUUAUCACAGUAUUCGCAUAGUGUAGUAAUAUUUGCCAAGAUGUUAUUUUAAAAUACAUCACAAUAUUAUUCCGAGGUUGUUUGUGAAAAUAACCUAUACAUAAUCCCCAAGUUGGGGGGGG